AUAUCAGUUAUAUUUGGUAUGAAAUUCCCGCAAGAAAUAAGGAUACGUAAACUUGGAAGGAUUAGUAUACUACUGCCGCCCAUCCAAUCAACGAAAGAAGGGUUUCGGCGACAGCAGAUGGGAGAAGACGCCAUGGAUGCGAACGCACAAGAGCCACAGGGUGACGACACAGAGUGCAUGGAAAAUGACAAGGGAGAGUUUGAAUGCGAGAUGGAAACGUCUCUAGAUGGGACCAAACAAUGGUUACCUAAAGCAAGCCCUGAAGAAACGCCAUAUGUUGGGCAACAAUUCAAGACAGCCGAGGAGGGAAUCCUAUUCUACCAAGCAUAUGCAAAGGCCGUCGGUUUUGAUGUCAGACACAACACAAUGCGAAAGACGAGGGAUGGAGAAGUGGCAAUCAAAUACAUGGUAUGUUCACGGGAAGGAUUCAAACCUGUAAACAUACAGAAAACAAAUGCAAUUGCAGUGGGCACAGUACAAAAGAAACGAAGGAGAGUUUCUAAACGAGUUGGCUGCAAGGCGCGAAUAGUGAUAACGAGAUGCCCUCAGGGUGGAUAAAAACUACAUGGUGUAGAGCUGCGUCACACACACUGCCUAUGCUCAGACGUAGGGCGCCCAUUCCUAAAAAUAAAUAGGAAGCUUGACAGCGCCCACAAAACAUUCUUAGCAAAUUGUGCAAAGGCAAACAUAGGACCCAGCAAAGGAUUUAGGCUAUACAAAGAGAUGGUUGGAAGUUUUAGUGCCAUAGGAGCAACAUCCAUUGACUUCUGCAAUUUUAGGAGAGACAUGUUGGCAUAUAUUUCAGGAGCGGACGCCCAAAUGCUAGUGGAGGACAUGUUCAAAAAGAAGG